UUCCCAACAAACUUCAACUCGCUGCCGGGAAAUGUCCUAAAACAAAGUGUUGCUCGACUUGAAAGCAAGGCAAAGGAUGUCAUAUCGCUCUGACUACAGUGAAUCAAAAAAUGGUCCUGCCCAGGAUAAGGAACCUUACGAUGAUGAGGAGCCAAUUGACAUGAUUUCUCCAGACGGCAUUAUUGAAUCAAACUGGGAUGAGGUCUACUACAACUUCGAUGAUAUGAGCCUCAAGGAGGAAUUGCUACGCGGUAUCUAUGGAUACGGUUUUGAAAAACCAUCGGCAAUUCAGCAACGCGCUAUUAUGCCAUGCGUGAAGGGUCAUGACGUUAUAGCCCAAGCACAGUCGGGUACCGGCAAAACAGCCACUUUUUCCAUAGCCAUCCUGCAGGCAAUUGAUACGUCCAUUCGUGAAUGUCAGGCGUUGAUUUUGGCUCCGACUCGAGAGUUAGCGACUCAAAUUCAAAAGGUUGUGCUGGCCCUGGGAGAGUAUCUGAAGGCUCAAUGCCAUGCUUGCAUUGGAGGGACAAAUGUUCGAGAGGAUGUACGAAAACUUGAUAUGGGCUGCCAUGUGGUUGUGGGAACCCCAGGACGAGUCUAUGAUAUGAUUAAUCGCGAAGUCCUUCAUACAAAUUCUAUUCGCGUGUUUGUUCUCGAUGAAGCUGACGAGAUGUUGUCACGCGGAUUUAAGGAUCAAAUUCACGAUGUAUUCAUGAUGCUUCCACGUGACGUUCAAGUUAUUUUACUAUCAGCGACAAUGCCUGCAGACGUGCUGGAAGUUAGCAAGUAUUUCAUGCGGAAUCCUGUGCGCAUUCUCGUGAAACGUGAUGAGUUAACUCUGGAAGGAAUCAAGCAGUUCUACGUGAAUGUGGAGAAGGAAGAAUGGAAGUUAGGGACACUUUGUGACUUAUAUGAUACUCUGUCGAUAACUCAGUCGGUGAUUUUUUGUAAUACUCGAAGGAAGGUUGAUAUGCUCACGGAGCAGAUGACGUUGAAGAAUUUCACUGUAUCUUCUAUGCAUGGAGAUAUGGAUCAAAGGGAGCGUGAACUAAUUAUGAAGCAAUUCAGAACUGGGUCGUCACGGGUUCUGAUUACAACGGACUUGUUGGCUCGCGGUAUUGACGUGCAGCAGGUUUCAUUGGUUAUUAACUAUGAUUUACCUUCGAAUAGGGAGAAUUAUAUUCACAGAAUUGGUCGAAGUGGUCGUUUCGGACGCAAAGGUGCUGCUAUAAACUUUGUCACAGAAAACGACAGACGCUCCCUUCUGGACAUUGAACAUUUCUAUAACACACGCAUUGAAGAGAUGCCUGCAAACGUUGCGGAUUUAAUUUAACUCAGAAAAUAUCCUUACUUGAAAAAGAAAAUCAAAUUGAUCCGAAUGAGUAUGCAAACAAUUUUCGAAUAUGAUGAAUUUAGCGGUUGAAAAUAAAAAGCUCAUGAAAUGCGUUUAUAGGAACAAUCGAAUAAAAGUGAAAAUCAAUCGAGAAUUAAAGAUGCGUCCUUGAUAGAUGAUAAAGAUUUUUAAGAGAAAUUUAAAGAAAGUGUCGUAAAUUUUACUUUGAUGAAAUCAUGUUAUGAUAAAAGCAUAAUUAUCUUCAAUAAUAUCACCUUCAACCAUAUUAUUCUACUAUUACUACUUUACAAGAAUAUUAUAUAUGCUUGAGUAUUAUCUUAGAUUAUACAAAAAAUUAUCCACUAGAGCAAGACAUAGAUCUUACAUAUAAAAUUUAAACGGUUGGCUUAGUAACGUUUUAUGAAAAUGUUAUUUCAAAUUUAUUUGGAAAAUUGUGGUAGAAAAUUUAAUAAUAUUUGUUUACGUAAAAUAGGUAUUUGGCGUGGAUUUUUCAAUUAUAAAAAGAAAAAGAGCAAAAAACAAAUUAAAUAGGUAAAGUUAGAUAUUCGGAAAUAUCCUUUUUUUUAAAUGUUUGAUAUAUAUUAGAUUUAUAAAGUUGUAAUAAUGAAUGGUUUAUUUUUUGUAAUUUAAUAUUUUUAUAUUUAUUUUCGGACCUCGUUGAAUGUUGGCUUAAAUUUUAAUGUGGUGAUUUAUGAAAUUAUCUACAUAAAAGCGCUGUGUAGCAAAUCGUAGAUUAGUAUUGUGUAUCCCACACAUAUGUACUUUUUCAUAUAAUAUUCUUCCUUGUAUUGAUUAGAGGGGAAAUAAAAAAUUUUGAAAAUUUA